GGGUCUUUGAUGUCAUUUUUAAUUUCAUUCAUCAAUAAUAUUAUUCUACUAUUUGAAAUUAUGCAGGAGAAAUGGUCAUCACGCCAUUGAUAAAGGAAGCAAGUAAGAAAGAAGAUAGUUCAUAGCUUGGAAACUGGAUUUCCUAUAUAUAAGUCAAGACUCAAAACUCAUCUAAUUCUCAAUUUUUUUUUUCAUUUUUUUGGGUUUUUCUUGAGUUUGUUUAUGGUGGAGGAAGAUGAAGUUCGGGAAAGAGUUUGCUGCACAAAUGGUGCAGGAAUGGCAGGAAGCAUACAUGGAUUACAGUAAACUCAAAUCAAUAUUGAAAGAUAUAUUAAGAUUCAAGCAACAGACCAAGGCACCAGCACCAAUGGCAGAAAUAACCAAAGGAUCAUUGAAGAGAAGGGCAUCACUUUACAGAGCAUUUAGUGGAUUAACAAGCCGCUAUAGAUCGGGUUCUCCAAGGAAGAACAAUGAAGAUGAAGUGAUACUAGUAAGUGCAGUACAAGAAGGUGGAGUAGAAGGGGAUUACCAGACCAUGUUUCUUAUGCCAGGUGAACAAGGAGGUGAGUAUGAGCUAGUUUUCUUUAGGAGACUUGAUGAUGAGUUUAAUAAGGUUGUUAGGUUUUACAAGAAGAAAGUUGAAGAAGUAAUGGUGGAGGCUGAUGAGUUGAGUAAGCAAAUGAAUGCCUUAAUUGCUCUUAGGAUUAAGGUUGAUAAUCCGGUUCUUGGAGGAAGAACUGAUAUGUUAAAUCUUUCUGCAAAUGGGUUUUCUUCCAAUCAUUCAUCGGUUGUUCAUCCCACCAAUGGUGGAAGGCAAGGAUGGACAAGGAUGGAUGUUAUCCAAGAAGUUGAGAUGAGCACUGAAGGAAUAUCUGAAGAAGAAAUGAUGGAAGGUAAUAAUAGAGAGGCACUAAAUGGAGGGGAAGCUAAUAAUAUUCAGCGCUUUAGACCAGCUUCAUUAGAUGUCUUGGAUCAUGUAAAGAUCAAUGUUGAGCUUGAAACUCCAAUAUCAACACUCAAAGGUGUCAUAAAAAGUUCAAAAUCAGACUUGUCAUUCAGCAGGCAGGAGCUGAAGACAGCAGAGGAAAAAAUUACUAAGGCUUUUGUUGAAUUCCACAGAAAGCUUGGACUUUUGAAAAGCUACUGCUUCCUGAAUCAAUUAGCAUUUUCCAAGAUCAUGAAGAAAUAUGACAAGACCACAUCGCGAAAUGCAUCAAAAGCUUACUUACAAAUGGUGGACAAAUCUUAUCUUGGCAGCUCUGAUGAGGUUACUAAGCUUAUGGAAAGGGUUGAGAACACCUAUGUUAAACACUUUGCUAAUGGAAAUCACAGAAAAGGAAUGAAAACUCUAAGACCACAAACUAAAAAAGAAAGACAUAGAAUUACAUUUCUCAAUGGCUUCUUUUCAGGCUGCUCGAUUGCACUUAUAGUGGCCAUUAUUGUGAAUAUACAUGCUAGAGAUCUUCUUAGGAGUCAGGGACGUGAUCAGUACAUGGUCAACAUAUUUCCACUUUACAGCCUGUUUGGUUACAUCGUCUUGCACAUGCUUAUGUACUCUGGAAAUAUAUUCUUUUGGAAGCGUUAUCGAGUAAACUUUUCAUUUAUAUUUGGUUUCAAGCAAGGAACAGAGUUGGGAUAUAGAGAAGUACUUCUUCUUAGUUCUGGUCUUUCUCUGAUUGCAUUAGCUGGUGUCAUUUCACAUUUGGAUAUGGAGAUUGAGCCAAGAACAAAAAGCUUCAGAACUUCAACUGAACUAAUCCCCUUGUUCCUGCUCAUUGUUGUGCUUUCAAUAACAUUCUGCCCUUUCAAUAUCAUAUAUCGUUCAAGUCGAUUCUUUCUUAUCAGAUGUGCGUUUCACUGUGUUUGUGCACCUCUUUACAAGGUCACCCUCCCCGAUUUCUUCUUGGCAGAUCAACUCACAAGCCAGGUUCAAGCAGUUAGAAGCUUGGAGUUCUACAUUUGCUACUAUGGUUGGGGAAACUUCCGAGAGAGAUUGAACAAGUGUGAGGAGAGUGAAGUUUAUAAAGUGUUUUACAUAGUUGUAGCCAUUAUUCCUUAUUGGCUCCGUUUCAUUCAGUGCCUUAGAAGGUUGUUCGAGGAGAAAGACGCAGCACAUGGUCUUAAUGGUCUGAAAUACUUCUCAACAAUUGCUGCAGUGGCCAUUAGGACUAUUUAUCAAUUCCAAAAGCAGAAAACUACUACUUGGCUGGUCUUGGCUGCAGCAACUUCUGGUAUUGCAACAAUAGCUAAUACAUAUUGGGACAUUGUCAUAGAUUGGGGUCUUCUUAGAAGAAAUUCAAGAAACCCUUGGCUGAGAGAUAAGCUUAUUCUACCACAUAAAGGAGUUUAUUAUGUAGCCAUGGCAUUGAACUGUCUAUUAAGACUUGCUUGGAUGCAGCAAGUGUUAGGUAUUCAAACUGUACCUUUCCUGCAUAGGACAGCCUUGAUUGCGGUAGUUGCUUGCUUGGAGAUCAUUCGCCGUGGCAUUUGGAAUUUCUUCAGGUUGGAGAAUGAGCAUUUGAACAAUGUGGGCAAGUUCAGGGCAUUCAAAUCAGUACCCUUGCCUUUUUACUAUGAUUACAAUGGAGACAAGAGUAUAUAAAUAUUCACUGCGCUACACUGUAGAAAUCAUGGCAGAUUGGGUUUUUCUUUUUCUUUUUUUUUUUUUUCUAUACAAAUUCAAUGAAAAUUUCAUUCUAGAUUAAUUAAUUAAUUAUUUCUUUUUAUUGUAAAUGGUGAGAGGCAAAAGCAAAAGUACAUUUGAGUUGUGGCACAACAUAUAUUAGAUGAAAAUUUUAUACCGAUAGCCGACCAUAUAUCAUUCGAGGGACGGAUAAUUAGAAGGGAUAAUGUAAUAUGUGGCUUACAAUUAUAUGAAAA